UUUCCCACUCUGACAUUUAUUACCCAGCUAAAGGAGAUCUAUAGCCUUCCUAUAAAUCAGAGCAGCUGAGUGGGGAGGAAAAACCCUGCAGUGGACUGAUGUGUUAGCAGAGCAGAUACAAGCAGAGCUGCGAUCUGCAGCGAGGGAUAAAGGUUUAGACCAGCAAGGGACCUUAAGUUCCAGGAAGCUGUCCUUUGUCAAGCUACCUUAUUAGUGUGUGCAUGCACGUAUAUAUGCAUAUCCAACAGAGGAAGAUGAAGGGAGUCAGUCUGCAUCUUGUCGAAAUGGACCACCAAUUACUCUGCACUCAGAAGGACCUUUGAUCAACCUCAAGCCUCGUUGAAAGCCUGCCAAAGGGGAGUAAGAACAAUAGCAUGGCUUUUCUUAAACUAUCCCUCAUGGCUUUUAGCUUUGUGUUUUGGAUUGCUGGGUUGGCCAUGCUUACAGUGGGCAUAUGGACAAAGAUCUCAUUGGAAGAGUACCUGGUGUUAUCUACUAAUGAUUAUCCAAAUACCCCAGUAAUUUUGCUAGGGAGCGGAGCUGCUGUGCUACUCUGGGGUUUCCUCGGCUGUUUCAGUGCCGCAGCAGAGAGGCGCUGCCUUCUGCGCACCUAUGGGCUCUUCCAGUUGGCUGUGCUCCUGGCUGGGCUGGCUGCUGGACUCUCCGCACUCUUUUAUCGCAGGGACAUUGCAGAGGGAUUCCAGAGUGGCCUACAAAACGCUGUUCAAUCAUAUGCAGAAGAUGAGGAGAAGGCAGAUGCUCUAGAUGAUAUCCAGAGGGCUUUGCACUGCUGUGGGGUUCAUAGUUACCAAGACUGGUUUGAGUCACCCUGGUCCUUGGAGCAGCUGGAACAACAUCAGUCUUUUGGAGAACACAGCAAUAAUUCAGUGCCCAGCAGCUGCUGCCAGGUGCGCAGAGGAUGUCGGAACAACCCUCUGCUGCCAGGUGCCCCAGGAAUCCAUUGGGAUGGAUGCUUUAAGAAGGUGUGUGACUUUGUAAGUGACAACAUGUUCUACAUUGCUACUUCUGCUUUGGGUCUGGCACUUAUUCAGGUGGUUGGUAUUGUCUUAACAUGUCUGUUGGCUGCCAAGAUCCCUAACAGUGUACCAGAAACUGUACCAACGUGAGCCUUCGUGACCUGGCAGAAGGCAGUUACCUGCUAAUUGUAAACCCUCAACUUUUUUUUUUUUCUAAUACCAGAAUUAUUAACUAGGAGUUGAGGUACCACAAGAAUAAUUGUGAACUGUAUUUCCUUAUGGGUGAACUAUAUUCAUCAAUUGGUUUGUUCUAUAAUGAGGAGACACACAUAAAAACACUGUUUCAGAGUAAUAACUUUUGUCAAGUUAGGGAUAAUCUGUGGCUAUCUACUUUUAGAGCAUGUUUUUGGAGAAUGAAGAUGGAAUUGUUUUCUUUGUGUUUGUAAUUGUAAUCCUAAUUAUUUGUGUACAGUAUAUAGAUGAGGCCUGGUUCAACUUGGAUCUAAAGAGAAAGGUAAUUGUACAUUUUUGUACUUUUUGGAAGUUAGCUAAUUAAUGUUACUGAAGAAUUUGUAAGUAGUUAAUAGUUACAGGGCAUAACAGGGCUCCAGAACAGAAUAUUUUUAUGGUCACCAUUUCCAGAAUUUGGGAAACAUGCUGCACUUCUAGCGACUUGAUACAUCUCUCAUCAGCAGCUGCAUGGCCUGCAUCUCUCUAGUAUGUUAUCUAUGGCAAUAUUUAAGCAAUGUAUUUUAUAAGAAGAAGAAAGAUAUUAAUUCCCCACCUAUAUAAUAUAAUGAUAGCCAUGCACAGGCCCUUUUUUCACAAAUAGCAUAGUUAGAAUUGAUAACUUAGCUACUAGCCGAUAUGCACUUAACUGGGGUUCACUAGAAGCUAAGAAUGCCUACAUUAUUCACAGUAUAACAUUUUUGAGACAACAAAUUAUCCAGAUACAGAAUACUGCUGCUAAGACAUGGAAAAGAACAAAAGCAAAGCAGUGAUUUAGGGAAACAUAUGGCAAACUCAAACAUACAACAAUGGUGAACAUAUAUACAAACAUGGAGAAGACAUGUCACACAUUAAUGGGGCUAUUUACAAAAUGUAAUGCCAAUGGGAAAAAAAUGAUUUUAUGUUUAUAAAUAUGUAUGUUUCUAAAAAGUAUACAAAAAUGUCAAGUACAGUAUGUAUGUAUAACAUCCAUGUGUAUAAGUUCCCUAGUUUCUAUUAUACACCAAAUGAAUGUGUGCUAUUAUGGUAUUACAGGUAUCGGACCCCUUAUCUGGAAACCCAUUAUCCAAAAUGUUCCGAAUUACGGAAAAGCCAUCUGCCAUAGGCUCCAUUUUAAUCAAAUAAUUCACAUUUUUCUCUCUAAUAAUAAAACAGUAUCUUGUAAUUGUACAACUAAGAUAGAAUUAGUCCUUAUUGGAGCAAAAACAAUCGUAUUGGGUUUAAUUACUGUUUAAAUAAUUUUAUUAGGAGACUUAAGGUAGGAGAUCCGAAUUACGAAAAGACCCCUUAUCCAGAAAACCCCCAGGUCCCAAGCAUUCUGGAUAAUGCGUCCCAUACCUGUAUUAUACACUUCUCUGGACUUUUCAGUGUCCAUUGAAAGCAACAGGACUGAUGUUACAGAAAACUCCUGAAUACAAAUAGAAAAUUGUAGUUUUUUAUACAUAUAUAUACCUCAUAACAACUGGUGUGAAUGAUGUACAUUUUCUGUAAAGCUCUGUGUAAAUGUAUCAGCACUAUAUACGUAAGAGAUAAUAAAAGAUUCUUGUAUUCCUACAUGCUUAUUUGCAAAUGGAGGUGAGUGCCAAUGCUCCCCUUCAUCUUACUCUAAUGAAUUAUUAGUGCACACAUUGACACAUGGGAACCCUGGAACCCUUACUGUCAGCAUGCUCCAGGUGGUAAGUCCAGGGUACCCCUAUCAAGUUGCGUCAAUACUUUUGACUGACUUACUCCAAGUUAAUCAGACACUAAUGCUGUUAUUAAUGAAACAUGGUAACACUGAUGCGAUUCUAACACAAAUUUAGAUGGAAGUACAUGUCCAUAUUGGUGCAUCACACACAAGUUGUGAAUGCACCUAAAUAGCACACUGCAUUGGUAAAAAAGUCUUUCUGUGCAUUUAAAUUUUUAUGAGUAUGCUUCAUAAAGUUUCAUAAAUCUCCCCACCCCCAUCCUUUCCAAAGAAAGUUGGUUUUCUGGAAUUUUGCAUAGCAAUUUCCACUUUGAAGUUGAGUAGACAGGCAUGAGACAGACAGGCUUACCAUGAGACAGACACAGCUGCAUGAUUGAAUGACCUUAACAUGUGUUUUUAAUGACUCAUUACUACCUUGACUGUCCUCAUAGAACCAGUUCUGAUGGACAAAUCUGUCUUUCUGCUUAAAAAGGCAAAGAAGACCUUUCCUCAUAUGUCUAUCCUAAUGAGUAAGAAUCUCUUUAUAAACGUUGGGUAUGCCCCUUAUGAAGAUUACAUUGGAUUGCAGGCAAUUGCUGUUCUAAUGAGUGGGAAGCCAUUCCAAACAUUUUGUAGUGUCUUUGCUGAGGAAAACAAAAUGCUACGUGUGCUAUUACCCUAAAAUUACAUAAAACAGGAAAUCUGAACCUAAAAGCACUCAUUUACCAUUUACCCAGAUUCAAUGGGUUACUGCACAGCCUGAGCAAGCAGAAAGCAGGGAGUGGAAAUGAUGGGCAGGAAUAGAAGGUUUUUGUAGAUACAGGGUCACUCAUUACCUACUCUCUUUGAUUACAGAACCAGUGCAGUACCACAUUCACAGUAAGGAGCAGCCCUUUACACUUCAUUUGAGCAUUGCUAAGUGCUACAUCUCAACUUGUGGGACAAGUGAAAAUAACAAGGCACUUUUCAUCUGUUGCCCUAUAUGUUGUAAAUGAGCUCUCUAAUCUGGCAGAAAACAACUCAGCAGUAUUAUGGACUACGGCAGUUUACAUACCCUUUACCUUGAAUGAAUUUUUUUUACUCCAAAUUAUUCUGGUGCCAUCACAAUGGUUAAUAGACCUUUUGAUCAAAAUUCCUAGUGUUAUGUUAGAAAUAUGUCUUUAACAGAUAUCCGUCCUGAAAAUUUGGGCUAUAGAAAAUGAAUUCCAAAAAAUAGCAUAACAUAUUGAGCUACCACAGUGCUAUGACCUCCAUGCUUUCACUACCACACCAGGGAGAUCAGAAUAUUCCAAAACCCAAUAAAACACAAAGGAAUCAUUAGAAUUCAGUUUAUUGAUUUUCCAUACUAUUUAUUUCAUUCAGCAGUGACAAUUAUGAACUGUGCAUUUUAAGGUUAUAUGGACAUAACCCAAGAUACUAUUAAAUGAGAACAUUAACAGCUGUUGUGCUCUUGUUCAUAUACAACAUCACAUACACAUACAUUCAUUUAUUCUGGAAUGUAAAUUUCUAUUACUAAAGCAACCCUCUACACAACUUAGCUUUACAAUACCUGUAUUUAUGCCCUCCCACCAAAAGAGCACCCCCUCACACAAAAUGUUCUUAGCAAUUGCAGUGGGCCUUAUUUACUGUUGUAGGCAUAGUGCAGAAAAUGGGUGCAUUUUGCCAAUUUUUUGCACCACCAAGUGCAAGAUGCACUUGGAGGAUUCUAGUUAUCCCUGGCAAUGACAACAUGCAUGCAUGCCCUUUUACUUGCAAGCGAUUUACACCUGGUCAAUCAUAGGUGUUAUAGGUUAUCUAGAGCCUCUGCAAACUACGCCUUGACCACUUAAUUUAUUUUAGUAAGGGCAGCUGGAACAUUAAUGCCCAGAUCAAGGCAGUUUGGGCACAAAAGCUUUGGGUAUGGUAUUUUACAAUGUAUAACUUGCACAUGUUUUUGCCUACAUUAGUAAAUGAGGUCCAGUAAGUUUAUCCCUUAAGUAGUGGGCUGCUGGAAUACCAAACCCUAAAGAGACAUAUCUUGUUUUUGUAUGCAGAUAUAUUUGUAUUAUUGCUUUUAUGACUGGUUUUCGGUUACUUGUGGGAGUUUUACAUUGAGUAUAACAAAAAUGAAAGUUGAUGAGAAAACGCUUCUUCCAGGGAAACUUCAGCACCAUAAAUGGAAAAUAUAUAUCUCUAUUAAAAUGAUACAUGACUAUUUAUUAUUAGAAAAUACAAUAUAAAAAUAAACUCUACAUUUGUUCUUCUAUUCA